GGAGGCGGAGGAAGGAAUGCUGCAGGAUGCUUAUUAUUAUGGCUGUCAGACCCAGUGGCGAUUAGAUGUAACAUCCCUUUUCAUGUCAGAUUUACAAGGAUGAUAAGCACCAUGUCCGCAGCAGGUGUCGCGGUGUGGCUUAGUACGGUUUACAUUGUGCAUGCCUUUGAUGCCAAAGACAUCGCUUUGCAUGAGAGAACUGUCCGUAUGGAGCGAUCCAUGGGCUCCAAGCAGAGAACAGCCCACAACAGAGAUGUGGUCACCAUCUUGUCGAGGUCCCAUGCAGACCGCAACGUUUACCCGUCUGCAGGCGUGCUGUUCGUCCAUGUUCUGGAGAGAGAGUACUUCAAAGGAGAGUUUCCUCCGUACCCAAAAUCAGGUGAUGCCAGCAGCGACCCGAUCACUUUCAACACUAACCUGAUGGGCUACCCGGACAGGCCAGGCUGGCUGCGCUACAUCCAGAGAACCCCGCACAGCGACGGGGUGCUCUAUGGCUCACCCAUGGGAGAACACGUCGGCAAAGCCACCGUCAUAGAGAUUACUGCCUAUAACAGACGCACUUUCGAGACGGCACGGCACAACUUGGUCAUAAACAUCAUGGCUACAGAAGAGUUUCCUCUGCCCUACCAGGCUGAGUUUUACAUCAAAAACAUGAACGUGGAGGAGAUGCUGGCCAGUGAGGUGCUGGGGGACUUCCUGGGAGCGGUAAAGAACGUGUGGCAGCCUGAGCGUCUCAACGCCAUCAACAUCACCUCUGCGCUGGACCGAGGCGGCCGGGUUCCCCUGCCCAUUAACAACCUUAAAGAAGGAGUGUACGUGAUGGUUGGUGCUGAUGUUCCUUUCUCGUCUUGCCUGCGCGAAGUGGAGAGUCCUCAUAACCAGCUGCGCUGCAGUCAGGAGAUGGAGCCUGUCAUCAGCUGUGACAAGAAGUUCAGAGCUCAGUUUCACAUUGAUUGGUGUAAGAUUUCUCUGGUCGACAUCAACAAAGUGGUCCCGGUGUAUGUUUCCCGCCCUGACCCCGGCACAGGGAUCCUGCCUGAGUUUGCACCGUACGACCCCCCCUCUGAGUCUCUGAAGAGCAGGGACUACUUUUCAGACUUCCUCAUCACGCUGGCUGUUCCCUCCGCUGUGGCACUAGUCCUCUUUUUCAUCCUCGGCUACACUAUGUGCUGCAGACGAGAAGGGGUGGAAAAAAGAAACAUGCAAACACCAGACAUCCAGCUGGUUCACCACAGCUCCAUCCAGAAGUCCACCAAGGAGCUGCGUAGCAUGUCUAAGAACCGGGAGAUCUCCUGGCCCCUCUCUACUCUGCCUGUCUUCAACCCAGUCAGCGGGGAGGUGGUGCCACCAAUCCACCCUGACAACUACGAGACGACCAGCAUGCCUCUCAUGCAGACACAGACGAAUCUGCAAAACCAGAUUACGAUACCACAGCAACGGCCAUCAGGAGAGAAUUAUGUCAUGUCGACAUUUCGAAGACUGGAGGUAAAUGGUAUUCCUGAGGAAAGAAAGGUGGCUGAAGCGCUGAAUUUGUGACCAGAAACCAGUGUUAAAGCCCUCUUCAAUUCCAUAUCUCUAUAGUUUUUUCUAACAAUUGUGCCAAUCUGCAUGCCUGAAGUGUUUGAUCAUUUACCGUCCAUGUGCACUUACACCUUGAAGAGUGAGAGUGAACAAGAAUAAGAAAAAGAGCCUAGCUGACUAUAGAGUAUUUUUUAAAUAUAUGGGUACAUUUUAAAAUUAUGUUAGUAUUUCUACUUGCUUUGCACAAUGGACCUCUUAGAGGAAAAGGGAAUUUUACAGGGAAAUGGUUUGUUGUAUGUUAUUAAUUAUAUGUAAUUUGACAUGAUAAAUUCUUUCAAAAAU